GCUGCAAAAUGAAGUUUAGAGUUUUGUCUACCCUUUUUCUCCUCACAUUUGCAAAUGUUACAUGUGAAAGUGAUGAUUUUAUUCAUCAACAUCCGUUGCUAGUUGCUGAAUUUGGAAGCAAUGUGAUUUUACCCUGCUCUCACUCAGAUGACUUUAUAAACUCUGUUUCGUGGUAUAAACAUUCUUUUGGCAAGAAACCACUUCUCGUAGCAUAUUCAGAACACGGCUCUGGAAGUGUUAAAUAUCAAAAUGGCUUCAACAAUUCAAAUAAAUAUCGUAUCAGAACUGGAAAUGGCUCUUUUAAUUUGACCAUCAUACACUUGGAAGAAUAUGAUUUUGCAACCUACUAUUGUGCUGUGAGAUUUUUGAACAUUGUUAAAUUUGGAGAAGGGUUGAUUCUUCUACAUAAAGAGAGUGAUGGAAUAAGAAGUACCACAGUUCUCCAGUGGCCAGUAUCUGACAGACUUCAUCCAGGAGAUUCAGUGACUCUGCAGUGUUCGGUCAUCAGUCAGAUCUGUGCAGGAGAAUACAGCGUUUACUGGUUCAGACAUUCAUCAGAACAAUCUCAUACAGGACUCAUUUACACUCGUGAUAACAGGAGUGAUCAGUGUAUGGAGAGAUCAGAGAAAGGCUCUUCUACCCAGAGCUGUGUCUAUAGUCUCUCUCAGACUGAACUCAGAUCAUCUGAUGCUGGGAUUUAUUACUGCGCUGUUGCCACGUGUGGGAAGAUACACUUUGGAAAUGGAACUAAGUUGAUUAUUGAAGAUUUACAGUUCACAUGGAACCCAAUUACUGUAAUUCUGGCAACACUGAACAUCAUGACCAUGAUUGUGAUUACAAUUCUGCUGACAGUGAUUCAAAAGAUCCACAUUAGAGAUACCUUGAAUCAUCCCAGAAAACAAUGGAAGCAGAAUGAAAAGGCAGAGCUGAAGGUGGAGGGAUUCAACCAAUCAGAUGAAAGCAGCGUUUCAGCUCUGUCCACAAGUGCAAAUAUUGAAGCCAUAAACCGAAAUGAUCAAAAUGUACACGGACCAUCUGUCCUGUCCAUGUUCUCUCACUUGAAUCGUCUUCUUGAGUCUCGAGUCUCUUGA